CAUUGGGUUUCCUUGGGCAAAGAAAGUGUUUGAGGAUUGGCGACAAUCGUGCCUUAUCAUUAUCAGCCACAGUUAUCAGCCUAUCGCAUAUCCUGUGUCGUUGUGUCCAUUUUUGACAUUCUAACUCGAUAGAAAUACACUGCAUGAACAUGUGAUAAAGGGGAUGAAAUUGGUGAUGUGUGUCUGAUUUUUAUGACUGCCAGUCGUAAGAUGCCCGUGUGUGCACCAAACAUUGUGAAGAUUGUUGUAUUGUAAGAUCAAUUGUUUACUUAGCUAAUUAAAGUGGAUCGAAAUAUUUCGAAACAGAGAGCAAAUAACAAUACGUUGUUGGUCGUUCGAGUGUGGAGAACGUCGAUCAACGUCGAAAGCUGGUUCGGUUUGGCGUGUGAUGUGAAUUUUAAUUGAGACAAACUUGUUAUCGUCGUCGGACGUUAUCUUUUCUUCAGAUCCGGAGGUAUUUGGAUUGUACAACUGAAACUUGGUCCACGUAAGACAGUCAGGGUGAGUGCAACGAUGAUGGUGUGAUGGUGGUUGGUGCUUAUCUAUUGUGAAAAAGUGAAGAAAAAAUUAUAAAGCAGACAGCCACACUUUUGCAGACUCGGAAGAAACAACAGUGAAACAAACCCUCACAUCACCAGAAAGAGAAGCAAUAUCGCACAUUCGAGUGAUAAACGCUACGGGAUUUCUUAUCAUCGCUUGAAGUACGUACGAAACAAAAUUUCAUAUUCGCUGCCUUGAGUUUCCCCUUCAGUCAGUCUGGCAGUUGGAAGACGAGAACGUCGGGAACGGAUGCCUAUUUGCUGUUUUUGCGCGGCCUUUGCAACUAGAUAUAUGGGUUAUUGCGCGUAGUGCUAAUUUUGGAAUCCGCGAGCAGUGAAAAAGGGGUCGCUAAUUCAACACCUUUCGUCAAGUGGUGCUCGAUAGAAAUUUUUAUUACUGUGAAGCAAGUUCAAAACCUCUUCCAAUCAAUCAACGAAGUGUUACGAAGACCUCGAUAAUGUUCCAACUGAGAUAAGAAGAGCAAAAAAUCAAAUUUUUGGCAAGGUUUUUUUGUUGGUGAUUACAUAAAGAAGAGUGGUUUCUCGUGUGUGAAGAGCGCUCGAAAGCACGUUGUCACCUGUGCAGGUUAAGCUCGAGAGAAGAAAGAAGAAAAAACCAACAACCUGUAACAUCAAAGGAGUUUCGGUUUCACUGGACCGUUGCCUGAAUCUGCAGCACUGAGAGAGAAAGCUUUGUGAUAUUUAAUUAACCGGUGUGUAUCAAGCGAGGAGCAGGAGAGUAAAGGAAGAAAAAACUGGAUUACAUCAGGCCGAAACACCGGCCACAAACCGUCGACAAAGAUACACUUUUGUAGGCCAAGAAACCAAAGACUGAACAACCGCCAAGAUGACGAUAGGCAGCAACAUGCGACCACUGAAGAUCACAACCGUUGGCGACGGAAUGGUCGGGAAAACGUGCAUGCUAAUCACCUACACGCAGAACGAAUUCCCCAGCGAGUACGUUCCGACAGUUUUCGACAACCACGCCUGCAACAUCACGGUGGACGAGAAGGAAUACGCCCUAACACUCUGGGACACGGCUGGCCAGGAGGACUACGAAAGGCUGCGGCCACUCAGCUACCCGAAUACCGACUGUUUUCUCAUAUGUUACUCCAUAUCAAGCAAGACGUCCUUCGAAAAUGUGCUAUCGAAAUGGUACCCCGAGAUAAGGCAUUUUGCACCAAGUACUCCUAUUGUGUUAGUGGGUACCAAGAGCGAUCUGCGGGUGCAUGGCUCGGAAAAAUUUGUGACAACUGUCGAGGGUAAGAGGCUGAAGCACAAAAUCAAGGCCUACUCGCUAGUGGAAUGUUCUGCCAAAAAGAAGCUGAACCUGGGUGAUGUGUUUGACGAGGCGGUUCGAGCGGUGGAGAAAAAACCUCACAGUAAACCACGUGCCUGCACGAUACUCUAGCCACUUCCGGUUUUUUUUUGUCCGGAAACGAAAACAACGGAAGCACAAGUCCUCCUUAUUCCGCUUAGUUGUCAAUAUACCUAAAAUCCUAUGUUAGGGAACGUUCGCGUAAGGCAAAAGCCAGUGAUUGAUAAGUAGGGUGCUCUACUUAAGCCGUUGACUCAAAACAAAAAAAAACAUUCAACUUCUUUAGGAUAUUUUUGUAGCAUUAGCAACCAAUAAUAUUGGUAAAACUUAACGAUCGGCCUUGCAGUGAAUUAUUUGAUAGAGAAGACAAGACGAAAGUAUUCGCCAAAUGAUUUCUUACCGAUAAAGUAUUGUAUAUACCUUCAAAAUUAACGUAUGGACUAUAUUUGGAUUGAUUCAAAUCGACGAACUUCUCACAAGAAUAAAUGAGAAAUGGAGUUAUGAUUAUACCUAAUUGAUGUUUUCCGAUUUCGGAGGAAACGUGCUUUCCUAUGUAACUGUAAUUAAUUAUAGACGAUGAUAAAUAUAUAUUCGUUAACUAGUCAUAUUAUUUUUGUGAAGUAAGUUUGAAAAUUCAAUGAAAUAAACUAUCAAUGAAACUGUG